AGUUGUGAGCAGUUGAGCAUAGUGGGAUGUUGUAGAUAUAGAAAUAAUAAUUAAUGAAAUAAAAUAUUUAUAGAAGUUUAAUCCCAAAAAAUAUGUCGGAAGAAAAGCGACCUGCUAGUCCAGAAGCGGGCAAAGAAGAAGAGGAAGGUGAUAACUGGAUAGGACCUAUGCCUUCCGAAGCAUCCCAACCAAAGCCUAAAAAGAGAAAAGUGUUGGAGUUUGAAUCUCUGUAUCUCGAAAAUCUGCCCUCUUCUGAGACAUAUGAGCGCAGUUACAUGCACAGAGAUGUUAUCACACACAUUAUAGUCACAAAAACGGAUUUUGUUAUCACAGCCAGUCAGGAUGGACAUCUGAAGUUUUGGAAGAAACAGGAGGAAGGUAUAGAAUUUGUAAAGCAUUUCCGAUGUCAUUUGGCAUCAAUCAGUCACAUGUCGGCUAACAGCACAGGAUCCUUGCUAUGUACUGUAUCCCCUGAGAAGACUGUCAAAGUGUUUGAUGUUAUUAACUUUGACAUGAUAAACAUGAUUUCAAUAGAGUUUGAACCAUAUUGCACAGAGUGGGUGCACUCAGCUGGUGAUCCCAUAUCAGCUUUGGCAAUAUCAGAAAAAAACAGCAAUAAGAUACACAUAUUUGACGGCACGCAGACGACAAGCACUCCCUUGCACACAUUUUCAUUGCACCAAAAAGAAGUGGCCACUAUCAAAUACAAUCCAGUGUUUGAGACUGCUGUGUCUGUUGAUAAGGCAGGUAUCGUAGAGUACUGGACAGGACCAAAGCACGAGUACCAGUUUCCCAAAAACGUUCGCUUCACAUCAAAGCUUGAUACAGACUUAUUUGACUUCCUCAAGAACAAGACAUACCCCACUGCGCUCGCUUUCUCGCCUGAUGGAAAGAAAAUGGCUUCCAUUAGUUUGGACAGAAAGGUACGAAUUUUCCAUUUCCUAACCGGGAAGCUUCACAAAGUCCUGGAUGAGAGCUUGCAGCGCUACCAAGAAUUACAGCAUCAGACACAACAGUUGCCCAACAUGGAGUUUGGAAGACGCAUGGCAACAGAGCGUGAAUUAGAGAAAUCAGACGCGGCCCAACUCGCGAACAUAGUGUUUGACACUAGCGGGCAUUUCGUUGCAUACGCGACAAUGCUUGGUGUCAAAUUAGUGAAUUUAACAACUAAUAGAUGUGCAGCAACACUCGGAAAGCCGGAGAAUUUGCGCGCGCUGCAUUUGGCGCUCUUUCAGGGUCGUACGAACCAAUCAAAAGUAGCGGCUACAUUAGAAAUGGAAGGGUCCGAGAAUCCAACGCUAUUGACCAUCAAGAUGGACCCCACGCUAUUCUGCACGGCGUACAAGAAGAACAGGUUCUACAUGUUCUCCAGAAGGAGUCCUGAUGACGUGAAGAGCCCUGAUGCUGACCGGGAUAUAUUCAAUGAGAAACCCUCGAAGGAGGAUAUCAUAUCGGCUACGGAAGGACAAGGUGUCCAACGACUCUACGAACAGGCGAUCAUACACACGUCUCUCGGUGAUAUUCACAUACGUCUAUUCGGCAAAGACGCGCCUCGAACUGUGGAGAAUUUCUGUGGACAUGCGAGAAAUGGAUAUUUUAAUGGGCACAUCUUCCAUAGGGUUAUAAAGGGCUUUAUGGUGCAAACUGGCGAUCCUACAGGCACGGGCAGCGGUGGUGAGAGCAUAUGGGGCGGCGAGUUCGCGGACGAGUUCCGUCCGCAGCUGAAGCACGACCGGCCCUACACCGUGAGCAUGGCCAACGCGGGGCCCGACACCAACGGCAGCCAGUUCUUCAUCACGCUCGCGCCCACCCCCUGGUUGGACAACAAGCACACAAUAUUUGGUCGUGUUAUCCGCGGCAUGGAGGUGGUCCAAAACAUCGGAAGUGUAAAAACGAAUCCCAAAACUGAUAAACCAUAUGACGACGUGAGAGUUAUAUCUGUUACUGUGAAAUAAAAAUAAAAAUUAGUAUGGAUGUGAUUUGCAAAUCAAUAAAAUCAUAUUCAAAAAUAAUAUGGUUGUAAUUCUGGACUACUCUAUUGUAAUAAUGCUGUAAAGUCAUGAAACAAAUGACUUAAUUGACACAUUAUAACGCAAUUUUACAAUUUUAAUAGAAUAAAAUUACAAGACAGGAAUAAUAAUUGUGAACCUCAAGAAUAAGAGAUAAAAGACGUAAGAUUGUUUUCGAUUGAGAAGUUGUAGAUAAUUAACUGUGAAUAAGUUAUUUUAAUAUUGUAUGUAUAAGAAUAAAAUAUUUUGUACA